AUGUGUAUUAAUAUUUGGAAACACUUUAAAAAGUUUACUGAAAAAAGAGGCGGAAAUGUGGUUGAUUUGGGUAUUGGUAUAAUUAUUGGUUCGGCUUUCACCGCCAUUGUUCAAUCGUUUGUUAAAGAUAUUUUAACACCACCACUUGGUCUAGUUCUUCAUGGAACAAAUCUUGAAAAUUAUUUUAUUGUAAUUAGACCAGGUAGAAACGAAAGUGCUGUUUAUGCUACUCCUGAAGAAGCUCAAGCUGACGGUGCCGUUACUGAAAAUGUUGGUUCAUUUUUAAACACUGUAAUAAAUUUCUUUAUGAAUUUUGAGUCCAGUAAGAAAAAAGAUGAAACUGAUCCAUGUCCAUGGUGUCAGGAAUUAGUUCCAAAAGAUGCUGUUAAAUGUAAAUAUUGUACUAGUAUUAUAAAUGAAAAAAUUCCUUCUCAAUACAAACGUGAUGGCACUGGAACUUUAAUCGAUUUGGACCAAUAA